AUGGCAUCCAGAUUGGAUCGUCUUGUGACGAUCUUAGAAACGGGGAGUACUAAGCUGAUAAAGGACACCGCCGUGAAUCAGUUGGCAGAUUGGCAGAAGCAGCAACCUGAGGAGCUUUUCAAUCUACUCUCCCGAGUCGUGCCUUACCUUCGACACAAGGAUUGGGACACGAGAGCUACAGCUGCCAAAGCGAUCGGCAAGAUCAUUGAAAACGCCCCUAUCUAUGAUCCCAACGAAGACGAAGAUGCAUCGCUAGCCAAGAAGGAGGAGCUAGCUAGCGAAAACGGUCAUGUCAAAAAAGAGGAAGAACCUGACGUUCUGCUCCCUUCUGACCAGUACUUUAAGCUGGAAACUUUAGAUCUACCCAUGAUCCUCAAAUACGGCCGCGACUUGUUGCGUACGGGCAAUGUUGACUACGGACUAGCUAGUCUCGAGCCACAGGCUCGACUGGCCCAUCAGAAGAAGACGCUCAUUGGCCGGCUGGGAUUGUUGGGAAGAAACUUCGAGGAUGAGGAGAUCCCAAUCACAAUUGAAAAAUCCGCGAGUCCAAUGACACCUCAAGAUGCCGUCAGCCACAACGGGCUCGGGCGCCAGGACAGCAUUGCCAAUUUGGGACCGAGUCAGCCGACCGAGGAAUCCGGCUUGAGUGCGAGGCAACUCAACGUCCUGAAGCGGAAGCGGAAGAGAGACGCCCAGAAGGCAGCGCAAGGCAAGGGAGGCUUCGGCGAUCUUUCGAUACGGCGUUCCUUCACCGCAGGGUCCGACGGAGUUGAGUUGGACAUGCCAAUGCCCGAUGCCGACUCCAAGAAGAACGGCAAGACUGACUACUUUAAUCUCGAGAGGCCUGCAGACGUUGAUGAGGACACGAAGGUGGUCUCGGAGUUCAAAGGCCCUGUAAUACCCAUCAAGUCAGAAAUAGAGGCACAAGACGAGCUCCAAGGUGCGGAAUGGCCCUAUGAGCGUCUCUGUGAAUUCCUCAAGAUUGACAUUUUUGACCCGCAAUGGGAGACCCGUCACGGUGCCGCACUCGGACUCAGAGAAAUUCUGAGGGUGCAUGGUGCCGGCGCUGGCCGAUUGAGAGGCAAGUCCAGAGCAGAAAAUAGAGAGCUCAACCGAAUAUGGCUGGAUGAUAUAGCAUGUCGGCUUUGUUGCGUCCUCAUGCUUGACAGAUUCACGGACUACGCUUCGGACACUUCGGUCGCUCCCAUUAGAGAAACCGUGGGCCAGACACUGGGUUCCUUUUUGAAACAUGUGUCUCCGGGGUCCGUCUAUAGCAUAUACACGAUUUUAUAUCGCAUGGUUAUGCAGCAAGAUUUAGGUUUGGACAGGCCGGUGUGGUCUGUGUGCCAUGGUGGCAUGGUCGGCCUGAGAUAUGUCGUAGCCGUACGGAAAGACAUGUUGCUCCAACACAACGAUAUGAUUGAUGGCAUCGUCGGUGCGGUCAUGAAAGGACUCGGUGAUAGCGAUGACGAUGUUCGGUCGGUUAGCGCUGCGACACUAAUUCCAAUGGCUCAAGAAUUCGUGAGCUUGCGCCCUUCGGCGCUGAACGAUUUGAUCAACAUUGUCUGGGAAAGUUUGUCUAGCCUGGGCGAUGAUUUGAGCGCCAGCACUGGCAAGAUCAUGGAUCUUCUUGCCACUCUCUGUGGGUUCCCCGAGGUACUCGAGGCCAUGAAGUCAUCUGCUGAGCAGGAUGAUGAGAGAUCAUUCAAACUUUUGGUCCCACGAUUGUACCCUUUCUUACGCCAUACCAUUACUUCAGUUCGCCUUGCCGUCCUCAAGGCUCUGAUGACAUUCGUCAACCUGGGUCAAGAAUCACUGGGCUGGCUAGAUGGGAGAACCCUUCGACUCAUCUUCCAAAAUCUCCUGGUGGAGCGAGACGUCAAUACUCUGAAUAUAUCCAUGGAGGUUUGGACAUCACUCGUCGGUUGCCUAGCCACAAACCCAGAGCUUCUCGCACAGGAGUUUAGCCCGCAUAUCGACGCACUUAUGCAUCUCACCCUGCAUCCAAUUGGUGUGUCGCGAAACCCGAUCCCAAUGAACGGCAUGCUGUUCCAGAAGCCCUCUGGUGGUACUUAUUCCAUGCCAGGGAUGCCAGGGAUGCCACAGCCCCCUUUGCGUAAAGGUUCCGAACCGGAAGGCAGUGAGAGAGCCGCAAAAAGGCGUAGGAAGUCAACUAAGGUCGAUGACACCCCGGCGACUACACACUCUCAUGAUCUUGAUGGCCAUAUGAUGCUAGGCGACGUGGAUCUUGUGGGCAUGGAAACCCUCGUUCGAUCUCGAGUAUCAGCCGCGAAGGCCAUGGGCCACAUUAUGUCCAAAGUCUCGUCGGCAGCAUUGGAAACAUAUGAUGCCACCUUGGUCCCCAGCUUCUCCUCGUCAUAUGCGUCAACACAAUUGACUGCAUGUGUUAUCAUUGACGAGUUCGCCAAGAACAGAGAUCCUGGCUUACAUCAAGAGAUGCGAUAUGUUGGAGAGCUGCAAAAGAUUAUUGAUUCCGAACGCCCAUCUCACUAUAGAGACCUUGUCAGUUACGUCCAGAGGGUGCGCUCGCAGUGCUCACAACUACUCAACCUCUUCAGAGACCACGGAAAGGUGUCUCAAAGCAAGCUGCCGGCCCUUCCUGUCGUCGUCCAGGGCGAAGCGGAUGCGGGACCCAGUGCUUUCUCGCUCUCCAUGGCCGAAAAAUGUGUUGGCGAUGACUACGAACGGUUGAGAAAGGCAAUGGCACCUGCACAACGGUUGAUAGCGACAACCGACUUGGCCGAGGCCCGCAAAUCGACGCUCUCGGCCAUUGAUGAGGCCAAGGCCAUCAAGGACUCCCGCGAUAUUCGGAUCAAGGCGGCGGCCGCCUGUGCACUUAUUUCCAUGAUGGUAAUGCCCAAAAAGCCGAGCCCUCUCAUCAAGGGCAUCAUGGACAGUGUCAAGCUCGAGGAAAACCAACUGUUGCAGAGCCGAUCUGCCGAGACCAUCUCGCGACUCGUACAAUUAUUCACCACCAAGGGGCGUCGUGGGCCUGCAGACAAAGUCGUCGCAAAUCUCGUCAAGUUCUCUUGCAUGGAGGUCGCCGAGACGCCCGAGUUCCCCGUACACGCAGCUAAGACCGACUGCAUCUUGUCCAUGCAGAAGGAAGAAGAUCGAGUUGACCAUGAAGAUGCUGAGAAAUGGGCACGUGAAGCUAAGGCUGCACGUAUCACGCGACGAGGAGCGAAAGAAGCGCUCGAGGUACUCAGUCGGUCCUUCGGCGCCGCAAUUUUCGAAAUGGUGCCGAGCCUGAGGGCUCUAAUGGAAGUUCCCUUGAUCACAGCUUUUUCCGGGGACCUGCCUGCUGAGGCGAGGAAUCCCGGGCUAACACUAGGCCAGGAGAUUGUUGAUGCCAUGUCAGUCGUUCGCACAAUGGUGCCUAACCUCCAUGAGUCUCUCCAUCCAUUCGUCAUGCAGCAAGUGCCUCUUGUUAUCAAGGCGCUGCAUUCUGAAUUGUCUGUUUACCGUUAUAUGGCUGCGAAGUGCCUUGCUACCAUUUGCAGUAUCAUCACGGUUGAAGGCAUGACGGCUUUGGUAGAGAAGGUUCUACCAUCCAUAAACAAUCCUCUCGAUCUUCACUUCCGCCAAGGUGCCAUUGAGGCCAUCUACCACUUGAUCGCGGUAAUGGGCGAUGGUAUUCUGCCUUAUGUCAUUUUCCUCAUCGUUCCGGUCUUAGGUCGCAUGAGUGAUUCGGACAAUGAUAUCCGAUUAAUCUCCACAACGUCUUUUGCUACUCUCGUCAAGCUGGUUCCUCUCGAAGCGGGCAUACCCGAUCCGCCGGGUCUCUCGGAGGAAUUACUCAAAGGCAGGAAUCGGGAACGCACGUUCAUUGGUCAGCUCUUGGAUCCAAAGAAGGUCGAGCCAUUCACGAUUCCCGUAGCCAUCAAUGCUGAGCUACGCUCAUAUCAACAAGAAGGCGUGAAUUGGCUCAACUUUCUCAACAGGUAUCAUCUACAUGGUAUUCUGUGUGACGAUAUGGGUCUCGGGAAGACUCUUCAGACGAUUUGUAUGGUUGCCAGUGACCAUUACAACAGAGCUGAAGAAUUCAAGAAGACUGGCGCUCUUGACGUGCGAAAGCUCCCAUCACUUAUUGUUUGCCCCCCCACGUUAUCGGGACACUGGCAACAGGAGUUGAAAACUUACGCCCCAUUCCUGACCGUGACGGCUUUUGUCGGUCCUCCCGCCGAACGUAGGGCAAAGGCGUCGCAAUUCGCCACCUCAGAUCUGGUCGUCACUUCGUACGAGGUGUGCCGCAAUGAUACGGAAUUCCUCGAAAAACAAAAUUGGAACUACAUAGUCCUCGACGAAGGCCACUUGAUCAAGAACCCCAAAGCAAAGAUCAGUGUUGCAGUAAAAAGACUGCCCAGUAAUCAUCGCCUUAUUCUCACUGGCACGCCUAUCCAGAACAACGUGCUUGAGCUGUGGUCUCUGUUUGAUUUCCUCAUGCCUGGAUUUCUGGGAGCGGAGAAGGUCUUUCUUGAUCGCUUCGCCAAGCCCAUUGCUGCUAGUCGGUUUAGCAAAGCUUCUUCUAAGGAACAGGAAGCGGGCGCGUUGGCUAUCGAAGCUCUCCACAAACAAGUGCUUCCAUUCUUACUACGUCGUCUGAAGGAGGAAGUCCUCGACGACCUCCCUCCGAAGAUCCUUCAAAAUUACUAUUGCGAUCUCAGUGACCUGCAGAAGAAGCUAUUUGAAGACUUCACCAAGAGGCAGGGCAAGAAGCUUAGCGAACAGGCCGGUCGGGAAGAUAAAGAAGCGAAGCAGCACAUCUUCCAGGCUCUACAAUACAUGCGCAAGCUUUGCAACUCUCCGGCGCUUGUCAUGACCCCCAACAACAAGCUUUACGACGACACGCAGAAAUUGCUCGCCAGGCAGGGGACAAGUAUUGAUGAUCCUAUGCACGCACCUAAACUCACAGCUCUGAAGGAUCUCCUCGUCGAUUGUGGCAUAGGAGUCGAGGGUAUGGAUUCUAAUGACCCGCUUUAUCAACCUAUCAAGCCUCACCGUGCACUGGUCUUUUGCCAGAUGAAAGAAAUGCUCGACAUGGUUCAAAACACGGUCCUCAAGCGCAUGCUUCCCUCGGUGUCUUUUCUGCGUCUCGAUGGCUCGGUCGAGGCUAACAAACGACAAGACAUCGUCAAUAAGUUCAACAGUGACCCGUCGUAUGACGUUCUGCUCUUGACCACCAGUGUGGGCGGUCUGGGUCUCAAUUUAACAGGAGCUGACACGGUCAUCUUCGUGGAGCAUGACUGGAACCCGCAGAAGGAUCUGCAGGCUAUGGAUCGCGCUCACCGAAUUGGUCAGAAGAAGGUUGUCAAUGUUUACCGAUUGAUCACGAGGGGUACUUUGGAGGAGAAAAUCUUGAGCCUACAAGCAUUCAAAAUUGACGUUGCCUCCACCGUCGUGAAUCAACAAAACGCCGGCUUGGGCACUAUGGACACUGACCAAAUCUUGGACCUGUUCAACCUGGGUGAUUCAGGACCCAGUCUCAUCUCGGACAAGCCCUCGGGAGGAAUCGAAGGGCGUGAGGAAGAUAUGGUUGAUGUGGAAACUGGGGACGUUCGAGCUCCAGGCAAGAAGGCCUGGGUGGACGACCUGGGUGAACUUUGGGAUAACCGCCAGUAUGAAGAGUCUUUCGAUCUUGAUGGCUUCAUGAAGACGAUGCAAUAA